AGCGGGAGUCUCGCGAUAGAUAUUUCCUUCACGUUCCUUUCAAUUUUAAACCUUUCAGGGUGCACUCAGUUUUCCAAUCUCGCAUCCACGUAUGCGGUUGUUGCGAAAUAUGAUGGCACAUACAUUCACGCUCCUUCUCACCCUUUUCCUGGCAUCAUGCACCAUAGGAGAACACACCUCCAACUGGGCCGUCCUGGUCUCCACGUCCCGCUUCUGGUUCAACUACCGCCACCUAGCCAACGUACUCUCGCUCUACCGCACCGUAAAACGUCUUGGAAUCCCCGACUCGCAAAUCAUCCUCAUGCUCCCCGACGACAUGGCCUGCAACCCCCGCAACGCGUUCCCCGGCACUGUAUACAAUAACGCCGACCGCGCGCUCGAUCUCUAUGGCGACAAUAUUGAGGUAGAUUAUAGAGGCUAUGAGGUCACGGUGGAGAAUUUUAUUCGGCUGCUGACCGAUAGGGUUAGUGAGGAUAUGCCGAGGAGUAAGAGGUUGUUAACGGAUGAUCGGAGUAAUAUAUUAGUGUAUAUGACUGGGCAUGGUGGAAAUGAGUUCUUGAAGUUCCAGGACGCAGAGGAGAUUAGUGCGUUUGAUCUUGCAGAUGCAUUUGAGCAGAUGUGGGAGAAGAAACGGUACCAUGAAAUGCUCUUCAUGAUCGACACAUGUCAAGCAAACACCAUGUAUUCGAAAUUCUACUCGCCCAACAUCCUCGCAACCGGGUCUUCGGAAAUCGAUCAAUCGUCCUAUUCCCACCACGCAGACAACGAUGUCGGAGUCGCUGUCAUCGAUCGCUACACCUACUAUAACCUCGAAUUCCUCGAAACUCAAGUCCGAGACCCAACGAGUAAACUUACAAUGGGUGACUUAUUCGACAGCUACGACGAAGAGAAAAUCCAUUCGCAUCCCGGCGUUCGAUAUGAUUUGUUCCCCGGAGGCGAAGAUGCCGCGCGGUCGAGACUGGUCAUGGACUUCUUCGGCAAUGUACAGAAUGUCGAGGUUGAAGGAGGGAUUCGGAGGAAUGAGACGGUCUGGCAGGAAGAGUUGGCCGCAAUUGAGCGCAUGAUUGUGGAAGCUAAGAGGAGGCAUAACGAGACCGUCAAUACCCGACCACAGCCGCAACAUGUUGUUGAAGAGGCUGAAGUUGCGGAUGCCAAGCGGAGCCUGAGAAAAGAGGGUGCCGUACGCGUUGAUGAAGAAUCGGGAUGGACGAAGCAGAUUGUUGGGGCAGCGGCCUUGUUGGGAUGUGCUGGGGUUUGGGCUGCCGGGUCGUGGUUCGAGUCGCUUUGAAAGAAACAUGAGAUAGCCGGGGAACAUGUUCAUCCUAAAACACGAAAUAGCUGGCCUAGCUUCCCGCGGCUUGCACGAAUUUCUAGUCGAUAGGGAUGCUACAGAGGCGUAUGCAUCGCAUCCCGCCGCGCCGAACUUUGUCACGUCCCUGCGUGCAGAAGCUUGAUAUAUAGCUGGGGCGGAAGGAGGAAGGAUGUGCGUUAUUCGCGGAAGAGCCGAGAGUUUAAUCAGCAGAAGCCCGUAGGUUUCCAGGGAAGGCACAGCCCGCACCCACUAGCAACGUAGACGCCUCCCCAUCGAAGCAAAUCUAUUACAUAGUUGUUAUG